CUAUCUUCAUAAUUUAUGUACAAUGUUUCCUUAUUUCAUAUUACCUUAUGUUUGUAAGCAUCUCUACAGACCAUUGGACAGUUGAUGCUGGAAUUCAUGAAGGUGUUUGGAAGAAAUGUGCUUAUAGUACAAAUAUUUCAAUGAGUUACGAAAACAAAACAUCCAUGAUUAAUGCUACAUGCUGUUCAUCAAGACAGUUUCAAGGAUAUAUUGGAGCUGUAGGGUUUUUUUUCAUUGCUCAACUGGUUUUUGACGUCAUUAUAAUCGGAUAUACUAUCGGUUUCUCAACAGGAUGUUUGUGCGACAUUAAUAAAAAAACAUUUGCGGUGUCAAGUAGUAUACACUUUUUUGUAAGUGUAAUAUUAUUGUUGAUAGUGGUUUCUGUAUAUGGUGGUAUAAACGCAGAUCCAACUACUUUGGGUUUGUCAUAUUUCAUUCUGCUGGGAGUUUUUGUGUUCCGAAUUUUAGAGAAUGACAACAGAUCAACUGUAUCAAUCUUUUUACUGGACCCAAGAUUAUCAUCUUUUAUGAGUGGUGAUCUGACCUUUAAAUUAACAUCAAAAAUGAAAAGGUAG